UUAAAUGAUUAUUAUUAUAAUUUCCAUUUCCUGUAAAAUUCUUCUGAAUCUCUCUUCUUCCCCAUUAACAUUCUCUCUAAUACUACAGUCGCCUUCCUGACCGUCCGAUUGCGGUUGCCAGGUUCAUCUGACGGCAACUCAUGAAGAAAAGCAUCUCUCUUUAUUUGAAAUCAACACUUCACGAGACUUGACCUGUUUCAAUUAAUCGGAUUCGAUCUUCGUCACGAUCACCUUUCGAUGGAUUUGGAUAGCAUGGACUGCACUUCAACCAUCGAUGUCACCGACGACGACGAAGAGAUCCAUCAAGAUCGCCAUUCCUACGCAUCGGUUUCAAAGCAUCAUAGUAAUAACAGCACCAACGCGAAUGCUGCUUCUGGUCUUCUUCCGACAACCACAAGUGUUCAUGAGCUUCUCGAAUGUCCUGUCUGCACCAAUUCUAUGUACCCUCCUAUUCAUCAGUGUCAAAACGGACAUACUCUAUGUUCAACGUGUAAGAACAGAGUUCACAAUCGCUGCCCUACAUGUAGACAAGAGCUCGGUGAUAUCCGUUGUUUAGCACUCGAAAAAGUAGCCGAGUCUCUUGAGCUUCCGUGCAAGUACAUGUCACUUGGUUGUCCUGAGAUAUUCCCUUAUUACGGUAAGCCCAAACACGAGACUGUAUGUGACUUCAGGCCUUAUAGCUGUCCGUACGCUGGUUCAGAGUGUUCUGUUAUGGGUGAUAUCCCUUUCUUAGUUGCUCAUCUGAGGGAUGACCACAAGGUGGAUAUGCAUUCUGGGUGUACUUUCAACCAUCGUUAUGUCAAGUCUAAUCCUCGUGAAGUCGAAAAUGCUACAUGGAUGUUAACUGUCUUUUACUGCUUUGGUGAAUACUUUUGUCUUCACUUUGAGGCAUUCCAGCUCGGAAUGGCUCCAGUCUACAUGGCGUUUCUACGUUUCAUGGGGGAUGAGACUGAAGCUCGGAACUAUAAUUACAGUUUGGAAGUUGGAGGGUAUGGUCGGAAGCUGAUAUGGGAAGGAACACCGAGAAGCGUGAGAGACAGUCACAGGAAAGUUCGAGAUAGUCAUGAUGGACUAAUCAUACAGAGGAACAUGGCUCUCUUCUUUUCGGGUGGAGAUAGGAAAGAGCUGAAACUGCGGGUUACUGGAAGAAUAUGGAAAGAACAGCAGCAUAGUGGUGAAGCUGGAGGAGGAGGAGCUUGUAUCCCAAACUUGUCUUAAAAAAUUAAAAUUUUGAAACUCUUACUGACUUGGCGCUGUGUCUCUGUAACUACUGUUCUUGGAAGUGUCUGUUAUUAGAGAGCCUUCUCUGUGAUCUACUAUAAACUUCUUGUCAUCUCUCUUAAAUAGUUCAUUACAAGUUUCAUAUAUCAA